CUGCAAAGACUAUCACUCCAUAUAUCAGUAUUCAGCGAGCUUGCAGAUAGGUUUGAUAUCAUCAACGAGGUUCAACAAGGAGUUACAGAGGAAUCAAGACGAUCUGGUCAUAUUGAUGUCACUUACCAAGAAUGGGUUGUAGCGGAGGCGGAUAAAGUAAUAUCUGACCCGACAGUGACAAUAACAUCAGCGAGUGAUGGGACUAUUCUUGCAAAUUACUGCAAAACGUUGCCGCGGUCGGACAUAUUCCAAAAGUAUGGAACAGCCUUGGACUUUCAAUGACAGACCGCUGAUGAGACACAGGGUCCUGCCCGCCGUGGAGAGAAAUAUCAGAUUUACCCCCAUGACUCUAGCAUUCCAACUGGCCAUCUUUACUGCUGGAACCGAGUCACCUCUCCUCCUAGAAACAGCUCGCACUGUGUUCGCUCACGUUAUAUCACAAAUUUUGAAUGGAUUUAGCCUUCUUGCUCUAGGUGGCUCAGCCCUUCUGAGUCCACCUUCCUUAGGAGUUGCUGAGUAUUCUCGCCCUAUUCGUCCGCCACUUCUAGCCUUUGAUGCCGAUCGAAGCCGCGAGAUUGCGCUCUUGCUCUGCGACUGUGACAUGUUGCAGCUUUCCACCGAACUCAAUUUCCUACUCUCGAGUUUAGCAGAAGAGGCAAGGACAAUUACAGUUGACUGGUUCGAAAUCACGUUCCUACCUUUCUUGAAAACUCUGGGUUCCAUCAUUCAAGAACUCAAUUUGCCGACACAGCAUUCGCCCUUUCAGAGCCUUUUUCAACAGGUAUUGAGCACGUAUGUCGAGCGAUAUGUGCGACCAGAGCCACAACCUUCGAAAGACUGGUCACGACCGAUAGUACUCUGCGAUUGUCAGGAUUGCCCCUCACUCAACUUAUUCUUGGCCAACCCGAAACAGCAAGUUGCCAACUUCAGGGUAGCUGGAAAACGGAGGGAUCACAUCUAUUCAAAGGUUUCCGACACUGGGAUCGACCAGCGUACAGACAGAACGAGCUCGGUCCCCUACACGCUUGUCCUUACCAAGAAUACAAAAUGCUUCGAGAUAGCGCAUAAGGCCUGGGAGGAACGUUGUAUCGGUGCCGGGGAUUACCUACAGAUCAUGGAUUCGGAAGUUGGUCUCAAACCCUUCCUCGCUGAUCUUUAUACCCCUAUUGUCUCCCUCUCAAUGGUAUCAAGCAGCGCUGCUCGCGAUUACAGACAAUUGUUGCCUCCACCUUUGGCUUCAGGAGGCAGUCAUAUGCAAGGACUGAAUGUCCCACAACCGCUAGCUCUAGUUGCGAACAACAUCCAAGGAGCAAGACAACUGCUGGCUUUGCCAUCGAUCUCGGCAGAAUGGUGGAGGUCAAUGGCUCAGUCAGGCUCGCACAGCACUACUGGAGGUCAUCAGAAGCACCUGCAAGGUACUAAAAGGAAGGCUUCAGAGGUUCUAGAACAUGAUCCCAAGAGGCCAGCCUCUGAAGUUAUUGUAAUCGAUGAGUGAGUUAAUGGAGAAGAAUUUUUUGGGUUUCUGUUCAGACUUCCAUAAUUUUGCGGGAGCUCAAAGAAUAUAAUUACAAGCAAUACUUGAGUAUCAAUUCACGUAGGAUUAGACAAAAAGGUACUUUGAAGUUGAAUCACAAUCUCGCGUGAAGUCGUGUUCAGGGUUUCAG